CUUUUCCGGAGUGUAUUUAUUACACCUAAGCUGUGUCACAUAAGCCACAAUCAAUCAACAUUCAUUCGCGUUCAAAAUGCAGGGAAGGGAUUUUCUUCAAGCCGUAGCGCUGAUCUGCCUUCUCCAUAGUGGUGAGGGAUUGUGGUUGUGGAAUAAGCCAACGACAAGCCCACCGCCUUCACAGAACGGGAUCAAGACACCAGUAAUUAUUGUGCCCGGUACCGGUGGAAGUCAGCUGCAAGCGAAACUCAACAAACCAAGCGUUCUACAUUGGUACUGUUCCCAAACAACCUCAGAUUACUUCACAUUAUGGCUCAAGAAAUCCUCGCUGCUACCUUACGCCAUAAACUGCUGGGUAGAUAACAUGAGGCUUGUGUACGACGAAAACACCAAGACUGUGAAGAACGCGCCUGGCGUGGAAACGAGAGUUCCCGGAUUUGGAGACACGAACACAAUAGAAUACUUGGAUACCGACAACUUGAUAAAAUAUUUUGCACCAGUGGUAAACAAGCUUGUGUCUUGGGGAUAUGAACGAGGCGUGACCGUCAAAGCAGCUCCGUAUGACUUCCGAUAUGGGCCUGAAUCACAGUCGGGAUAUUUUGCCAAACUAAAGAAACUGGUCGAGGACACCUACUCAGCAAACGGCAACAAGAAAAUCACUUUGAUUAGUCACAGCUUAGGAUGUCCUUACACUNUGGUUUUCCUGAACAAACAAACUAAAGACUGGAAAGAUAUGUACAUUUUCCAGUGGAUUGCUCUUUCAGGAGUCUGGGGCGGAACUGCAGAGCAAGUCAGUCUAUUUUCCUCCGGGAACACGCUCGGUAUCCCACAUUUCCUCGUGAGCCCGCUGACCGUCCGAGGCGAACAACGCACGGCCACCAGCAACGUAUUCUUGCUGCCGAGUCGCGAGUUAUGGUCAGCGGAUGAAAUAUUGGCUAAAACACCGCAACGGUCAUACACUGUCAACGACUUCGACGACUUCUUUCAAGAUAUGGGCUUCCCACUCGGGAUAAAACUACGAAAGUUGGUGGAAAACAUCUCGUAUCCACUAACAGCGCAUGCUCCCAAUGUAACCGUGCACUGUUUGUAUGGGACUGGGGUGGACACGGCAGCGAAUUUCGAAUUUGCCGAAGGUGAAUUCCCGGAUACUGAACCACACGUUGUGUAUGGUGAUGGAGAUGGUACAGUCAAUAGACGCAGUCUGGAGGCCUGCAGUAAGUGGAAGCAGCGGCAGCUGUAUGACGUCACUCUGAAGCAAUACCCAUCGGUGAAUCACAAUGGCGUGCUGAGCGAUGAAAAUGUGCUGAGUUAUAUCGAGACUCUGUUAAUCUGAUCGCGAAUGUAAACCUGUUUGCAUUGCUGUCAUUUUACUCAGUCUUGUUUGGUUACAAGUAUUGAUCUUAGUACCAUUUCUGUUUGACAUUAAACUUGUUAUCUCAAACA